AUGGGGAAACCGCUUAGCAGGCCAGACUGUUUACGUCAGAAUCCUCCUUGUGUAGGGAAGGGUGAAGAAGAUGAAGAUCUAAAUAUGGAAGACUGUUACGUUCCUCAGAGGUCAAUCUAUGACACAGUGAGACUGAAUGAACAGAUUGAUUCAGGCUCCAAAGGCAGCCUCUCCUCAAGACAUUUCACAGAUCGGACUUUACCAUAUAGUCAUAGAACACUGGAUAUUAGUACUUUGUGCCCCAAUGGUGCCCUUACUUCUUCCAGUGUAUUUGAGCUCAGAAGUCGCGAAGUUAACAAAUUAGAUGAAAAAAUGAUAUUUGAUGCACUUAAACUGAACAGUGAUAUAAUUCGAACUGCUGGAUUACCCAAAACAAAAUCUCACACAGAAAAGAAAGAACAUAGAAGAUCAUGGAGAAUGUUUGUUCCACCCAAUUUUGCAGACUGUGCAAAUAAAAGUGAAUGCUCAUUUGUUGAAACUGCUGAUAGAUCAGAUAUAGCAAAAGCAGGCAAGUGCAAAUGGGGCACUAAUUCCCUCACCUCAGAAGAGGAUGACUCUGGUCUAUGCAGCCCUCCAACAGAAAGAGAAGAAAAACAAGACCCAUUAUUAGCAGGAGAGCAAAGUCAAGUCAGAAGUAUAUCUUCUGCAGAAUAUAUCCAUGUAGUAGGUCAAUUUAGACAAUUUUUUCCUGCUAUUUCCAGUAGUGAACAGCUCAUCCCAUUGCUUGAUUGCAAUAGUGCCCCUAUUGAAGAGAGCUGCAGAUUGACUUUACAUGAUGUUUCACAAACAGAAAAAAUAGUGCAAAGUAGUCCUCAGAAAUGUGAAAAUGAGGAGACAGGGACCAAAUGUUGCUACUCACAGAGUUCUUUGAAAGAGAACAUCAUAUCAGAUGCAGAACAUCUCCAAGGUCAUGGAGAAAACCAUUUUACCGCAGACAAAGGAAAAGUAGAAAAUGAGUGUGAAGUUGAAGAAAUGAAAACACAUGUCACAAUGAUAGAGGGGGACUGUGUGGAUGAUGCACCUCAGCAUUUAGGCAUGUAUUAUGCAAGUAUUGCUGUUAAUGCUAGCGACACAGAUUUAGCAAAAUAUGAGAUUUUGUCUGAUGCAGAGGAAUCUAGUAUAACACAUACAGAUUCAAUGGAAACAACAUUUUCUGCUCAGGAACAGGAGUUAGAUAAUACCAUAAACUGUCCACAAGCUAACCCAAUGAGAAUGAAAAGGAAUGUCUGGACUACAGGAACCCACAUAGAAACCUUGGAUACAGUCUGCAAUGGUCUAUUGUCUAAUAAGGUAAUUCAAAACAAAAGGGUCUUGGAAUCAUUGCAGCAAAGGCCAAAAAUUGUUCGUUUUGUUAUCAUCAAAGUGACUGAUAGAGUUUCUGAUUAUAAAGUACUAUUGCAUCUAGAAUUUUAUUUUUCAUUUACUAAGAAAAUCUGA